CGAGAAGAGUCACUUCCACUUCCGCGUCGCCGUUGUGUUCACUUGUGAUUGGAAGUGGAGUUCCCUGAACAGCCCACAGAGUAAUGGAGAUAUAAGGACUCUCAUUUAGUGUCUCGCUUUCUAAUCAGUCCUGUAAGCUUGUAUUUUCAUUAAUUUUCUGGAAAGUCCGACCACCGGCUGUGGGACACGGAGGAAAGCAAAGAGGAAACAAGCUAGCUCUCAAGCUAGCCGCUUUGACUGGUGGGCUGUCAGUGAUUGCAGGGAAACUCAUGGAAAAUGGAUUGUCUCUGUGAAAUAGUACAAGCCUUGGUCGCGUUGGCAGCUCUAGCUUUGAUUGUGGUGCUUGUAAUAGCACACGUCACUGCCGGGAUGGUGAACCUGACACGCCACGAGAAGGAGAAAUACUUCCUCACCGACACAGGAGAGAAAGAGCUCUUCCCCAGUCUGCAUGAUCCCCACUCCAGAGACCUCUCUGUGGUGAUCCCGGCGUAUAACGAGGAGCUCAGAAUGCCUGUGAUGUUAGAUGAAGCUAUGGAGUACUUGGAAAAUAGACCUAAACAGCACCCCUCUUUUACCUAUGAGGUCAUUGUGGUUGACGAUGGCAGCAAAGACAAAACCACAGAGGUUGCUUUGCGCUACACAAGGAAGUACGGUGCAGAUAAAGUGCGGGUCCUGACGCUGGUGAAGAACAGGGGGAAAGGAGGGGCCGUGCGGAUGGGAACUCUGAGCUCCAGAGGGAAAGUCAUUCUGAUGGCAGAUGCUGACGGAGCCACAAAGUUUUCUGACAUUGAAAAAGUUGAAGCUGGCCUUAAUGACCUCAGUCCUAAACCGGAGAAUAUGGCAAUCGCCUGUGGUUCCAGAGCUCACCUGGAGAAAGACUCAGUAGCUCAGCGAUCCAUGUUUCGUACAUUCCUUAUGUAUGGCUUUCACUUCCUGGUGUGGUUCUUUUGUGUGAGAGGGAUCAAGGACACACAGUGCGGCUUCAAGCUUUUCACACGUGAGGCUGCGCUCAAGACCUUCUCUUCUCUCCAUGUAGAGCGAUGGGCUUUUGAUGUGGAGCUCCUGUAUAUUGCCCAGUGUUUCAAAAUCCCCAUAGCAGAGGUGGCAGUCAACUGGACUGAAAUAGAAGGGUCCAAGCUGGUCCCGUUUUGGAGCUGGCUGCAGAUGGGACGAGACCUGAUUUUCAUUCGCCUGCGAUACAUCACCGGGGCCUGGAAGCUGCAGUCACCACAUAAGACUGACUAGCCAAUCAGAUGAGCCCUCGUAUCAUAGAGACAGCCUAUGAUCGGGCCGUCAAACCUUUGGAUGAGGUGGGAUUCGCGGCUGUGUACGUCAUUCACUGUAAUCAACGACAAAAGAACAAAGUAGAGUAUUUCACAUCCAUUGCUCUCCAGAUGUUGCCUCUGGAUGUGAAGUAACGACACGGUUGCAAGUUCCUCAUGAUCCUGCCUUUCUUUUUUUUUUUCAUUCAGAUAUCGGCUUGUGAUGGCCACCGUUACGCGAACGUUUCUGUCGCCACGGCUUACAGAAGGCCUGUAUGACUGAUCCGUGUACUAAGUUACUUAUUGUUUAUAUUGUGGCCAAUCAGUGAGAAAGUCUUGUAGUAAAAUGUGGAGGAUCUGAUCAUCUUUGUCUUUUCUGAUUCAGGAAGGUAGAAUGAAUGUUAUUAUUAUAAAGGGAGGGAUUGUAUUUUUAAGGUAACUUGACUGUGAGUUGGUGUGCUGUAUGACUUGAACCAAAAUAAAAAAAAAAAUAAUGUCAA